AUGCCUUGCUUUGCAGACACUAUUGUAAGAAUCAAGUUCAGUAAACAAAAUGUAAAGAAAGAAAGUAGAUUGAUUUCAGUAUGGGCUGUCGAAACGUAUCCUGUUUGUAAUGAAGAUUGUGUAAUUGAGUUAGUACUAUUUGUGCUGAUUGAUAGUGAAGAAAGAGAUAUAGACACACAGGCUAUUUUUGAAAAAGAUGAAUUCUAUUCUGUCGGGGGAAAAAUUGUUCCUAGAAAAUAUAAUAAUGACGUUAGGCCGAAGAUGACGGUCUCAUCUUCUACACAGUUAAGAAUACUCGAUAAGGUUCUAUUACUAAACAAAUGUCUCUUAAAAGUCUCUUUGGUCGUUAUUCCCCAAGGAUUACCAAACGAAAUCGAUAAUGAUGUAAAUGCUAUUUUUGAGAUGUUGAUAAGUGAUUAUGUUAUUCGUGAUCAUAAGUUUAUUUCAAUUAUUUUUGUGGUUGGCAUAAUGGAAAUUAUCGAAGGUAAUUUUUACGUAUAUGCUAAUGAGAUCAAUAAUAUCAAUAUUUCUAAGAUUAAUGUUAGUGAUAAUAAGAAUCUGACAGCAUUAACAUCAACAAAGUCAGCACGAUCGAAACUUUUGUUUACUCAUCAGAAUAUUAAAAGUGUAGAAAUCGGAUCUGGUAUUAAAGAAUCAUCGAAUGACUUUAUGAAUAAGUAUCAACACGAAGUGUUGUCGGAUGAUUCAUAUUCAUUAAGAUAUAACAAAGGUAAAGAAGUUGACAGGAAUAUUGAAAAUUCGGAUGAUAUUGAAGGUGUUGUGCAGGAAAUUGAUUUUAGGGAUGAAAUAGAAGAGGAGAAAGAAUUAUCUGAUGAUAGUAAUAAUGUAGAUGACAAUGACGAUAUAGAGUAG